AUGGGACCCCUGCACAUGUUCUGUGACAUCACAACCAUGGACCCAACCUUCAUUCAGGCUCACUAGAGCAUUCCAUUGCCAGGCAAGAGAAUGGAGCACAGACAGCAAGGAUGGCAGAGUCCUCCAAGAUGACUGCAGUGGGUCAUCCUGUAUUUAGCAACAGAAAUGACCUAAGAGUUUGGAAUGUACAUUCACAUUCAUUAGAUCCACGUAGCAACGAGGACUGCACAAUCAUAGUGUUGUCAUAUCUAUUACAUGCAUGAGGAAAUUAAGGCUCACUGAAAAAAUGACUCACCCAAAAUCACCCAAAUAUUAAGGGGCAGAAAAGGACUCUUGGUUAACUUUUACUUUAAAAUAUGAUAUUUUCCCACUAUUCCACGUGGUCUUUCUAUCAGAAGAGUAGUUUGCAUAGGAUGAGGGUCAGAACAGAUGCACCAGCCAGGAUUCUCAAGUCAUGGGCGUGAACAUGCUGCUCUACAUGAAGCAUGGGUCUGCCAGAAAAUAAACAUGGGGAGGAGCACAGGGUGAGGGUGGGCAAGGGCACAGGCUCUGUGAGACACAGAGGCAGAGACAGAGAUAGGCAGAGACAGACAGAGAAAAAGAGAAAGAGACAAAGACAGAAACCGAAGGGUAGAGAGAGAGAGAGAGAGAUAGACACUGAGAUAGAUGAAGAGAGUGGAGAGAGAGAAAGAGCAGGGUGCCUGCACCCAGCAGAACCCAUUCACACCCUCUCUUCAUCCUCCCCUGGUUUCCCCCCUUUUCUAACCUUUGCCCUCUUGUACCACCAGGCUGAAACGCCCUCUUCUCUCAUUUUACACCUUUCUGUACUCUUUUUUUUUUUUUUUUUUGAGACAGAGUCUCACUUUAUAGCCCAGGCUGGAGUGGUUUGGCACAAUCUUGGCUCACUGCAACCUCUGACUCCCAGGUUCAAGCAAUUCUCCUGCCUCAGCCUUCCAAAUAACUGGGAUUAUAGGUGUGUGCCACCACACUGGGCUAAUUUUGUAUUUUUAGUAGAGACAGGGUUUCUCCAUGUUGGUCAGGCUGGUCUCAAACUCCCAACCUCAGGUGAUCCACCCACCUCGGCCUCCCAAAGUGCUGGGAUUACAGGCAUGAGCCACUGUGUCUAGCUCCUUUCUGCACCCUUGGACAGAAAUAAAAGGUUGUUAGCCGCUCAUCUCCUAUCUCAUUGCUUGUCGGAAGGAGUUAGAGUCUGCAGAGAAGCCACAGUGUGGCAGGGAAUCUAGAAUCCCAAAUAACAGAUGUGGAAGAAUCCUGCCUCAGGACCUGGAUGCGCCUCCUGCCCACAAGGCUGGCGAGCACAGGUCUGUUGGCAGCAACUGGCUGUGGGUAGUCACCCCCAACCGCUUCUUGGGCAGAGAUGGAUGGAAGGUUGUAGGUUAGGGAGACAGAAUGAAGGCCUUUCUUCGGAAGCCAGAAACAGAGGCAUAGGCCAUGAGAUGCAGGAUGGAUGCUGACAGGUAAGAGGAGAGUUUAGUCACUCCUGCACUCUCAUAACCAGUUCACGCUGCUCCUGCUCAUCCAUGCAUACCAGACCUGAACGAAACACCACAUGCAGAUCCAAGGACACUGGAGACAGGCACCCCUUCUGCAAGAGGGAAUUUCAGAAAGGGAAAUACACAAGGAGGUGCUUUCCCACAGAGGUUACUGGUGUUGGGAGAUGUGCCCACGAGGAUGCUCUCUUGCAUAUGGCACACACCGUCAUCUCACACACUUUCUUCCCCAUGGUCCAAGCCAGAAGACGAGGGACUGGAGAGUGGUACAGGAAGUCACUUGAAGAAUAAGAGGUCAGGCUGCUUUGGUGUGAAAGUUUCUGGGACCUGAUGGUGUAGUUCGGUGCCCCCAACCCAGUUCUCCCGCUGCCUGGAGAUAUUACUGACGAGACAUCAGUGGCGGGGAAGCUGGAGAGUUUGCAGGCGUCCUCACUGCCUCAUGCUGAGAGAGGUGUGAAAAGAAAGGAGAGAAAAGAAAAAAUAGAAUGAUGAUGUCGAAUACCACAAAAGGAAGAAACAGUUGGAAGAGAAGGCGAGGAGAGACUCCAAACCUCUGGUCUACCAGCUGGGAUGGCGGGGGACAGCUUGGUCCUCACCCUUCCCAUGGGGGAGGACAAGGUGUUUCUGUCUGUCCUGACAAUCUCUGGAGCAGAUCUCUCUUUCUUACAACAAAAGAAGGGGGCAGUCCCCACUCCUCAAGACCCCCAGAGGGAGGAGGCCAGUGUGAGAACAAGCCAAAAGGUUCCUAAGAAGCAACAAGGUCUGGAGAGUGGUUUGGAGCUGAGAUUCCACCUUCAAAAUUUGUUCCAAUCUCACCGCUAACCGUGAGGUUUGGAGCCAGCACAUCCACGAAUUCUCACACAGAGAAUUCUUCCUUGUUCCCAUUUACCUAUAGGUCUAUUGAGUGAAUGCAAUUCAAUAAUAUUGAUGUACAUCUUUGAAAACAACAAGAACAUAUACAACACGAGCUACAAUAUACAGCAGUCCCCUCUUAUCCUCAGGGGACACAUUCCAACAUCCUCCAGUGGAGGCCAGGAACUGUGGAACUAUGGAACUGUGGAUAGGACUAAAUCCUGUAUAUACUGUCUUUCUUUCUACACAUACAUACAUACAUGUGAUGAAGUUUAAUUUGCAAAUUAGGCACAGUUAAGAGUUUAGGCCAGGUGCGGUGGCUCACAUCUGUAAUCCCAGCACUUUGGGAGGCUAAGGCAGGUGGAUCACCUGAGGUCAGGGGUUUGAGACCAGCCUGACCAACAUGGUGAAACCCUGUCUCUAUUAAAAAUACAAAAAUUAGCCAGGCGUGGUAGUGGGCAUCUGUAAUCUCAGCUACUCAGGAGGCAGAGGCAGGAGAAUAGUAUUGAGCCUGGGAGCCGGAGGUUGCAGUGAGCCAAGAUUGUGCCAUUGCACUCCAGUCUGGGUGAUAAAAGUGAAACUCUAUCUGAAAAAAAGAAGAGUUUAACAACAAUAAAGAAGAUAGAAAAUUAUGAUAAAUAUCCUGUAAUAAAGGUUAUGUGAAUGUUCUCUUUCUCUCUCUCUCUCGAAAUAUGUUAUGGCACUGCACUCAUCUAUUUUCCAACUGUGGCUGACUUUAGGUAACUGAACACUCAGAGAGUGAAACUGUGGGUAAGGGAAACUACUUAAUAAAAUACCGCAACAUUACUCACUCCUCUUGGUCUUUCAUUCCUGAAUAGUCCCAAACAUAGAAUCACGAUAUCUUUGUCAUCUACCUUUGCUCAGUUUCUGCUGUUCAACGUCUAUAGAAACUUGGGGACCUCGGGACUCCUCUUACUUUUAUCUCCAGGUAUAGGAGAACCUGCUCAGGCACACUCCAGGAAGCUGGCCAGUCAAGGUCAUGAGGACUUCUCACAGGGAGCGGUUGGUCUGGGAAGGGGUGGGGGGCCAGGAACCCUGGAGAUGACCACGAAACACAUAAAUGGGAAGCUCUGAGAAGCAGCCCGGGAGUCUCUUGGGCCCACUUGUGGAAGGAGGAUCAGCAGUGAUUGCAUGCUUGUGACACAUGCUUUCCAGAUGCUCCCAUGAGACAGCAUAGCUGUUACCCCAGUUUCACAGGUUAGGAACUGAGGCUCAGAAAGCUUACCUAACUGUAAGGGAUAAGACUCAGGAUUUGAACCAGGCUUUGCCUGAUUCUUGAGCUGAAGGUCUUUACUUCCUCCUCUCCUUCAUCCAAUGAUCUGCCCACCUUGAUUGUGGACCUGCCUUCCAUCCCUUUUCCUUUUCCAAGCUCUUUUGCCCCACCCCUCAACUUCUCAGGUCUCAGCAGUCCCAGUCCACAGUGAGGAACCUUCCCCUCCUCCUUUUCUCCUCCUGGGUGGUUCUGUGGCCCUGGGGCUCCGCUCUGCAAACAGCUCCUCCCUCUCCAGGAAAAGCACUUCUCCCCAGGCAGGAUGGUCAGUCUCCUCAGCGCACCUGCAUGCACACACAGCACAUCACAACCACACACUGCACCCACACACCCACAGACACACACUGUGCAUGCACACACCUCACAACCCACAUACUGCAUGCACUCGUGCACACACACACACACACACACACACACACACACAAGCUGCAUGCUGCAUAUACAAGUCACACAGGAGAUAAACUCCUGUCCCAGCUCCAAACAGACCCCAUCUCUUGUUCAACUGCUGUCAUCCUAGACCUGUUUCUUUUGCCACAUUUCUAUAAUCUGCCAGUGCCUGCAAAGAGAAGACAUGGGAGGUUUUCUACCUAAAGCAGAAGGGCCCAGGAGCCAACUCCAGAAACUUCUGUCUUCCUUUCUGGUCAGAGAAGAAGACUGGGACCAGCACCUGGACAAGCUUCACAUGCUACAGCAGAAGAGGAUUCUAGAGUCUCCACUGCUUCGAGCAGCCAAGGAAAAUGACCUGUCUGUUCUUAGGCAACUUCUACUGGACCGCACCUGUGACCUUCGACAAAGAGGAGCCCUGGGGGAGACGGCUCUGCACAUAGCAGCCCUCUAUGACAACUUGGAGGUGGCCUUGGUGCUGAUGGAGGCUGCCCCAGAGCUGGUCUUUGAGCCCACCACAUGUGAGGCUUUUGCAGGUCAGACUGUACUACACAUCGCUGUUGUGAACCAGAACGUGAACCUGGUCCGAGCCCUGCUCUCCCGCAGGGCCAGUGUCUCUGCCAGAGCCACAGGCACUGCCUUCCGCUAUAGUCCCCGCAACCUCAUCUACUUUGGGGAGCACCCUUUGUCCUUUGCUGCCUGUGUGAACAGUGAGGAGAUCGUGCGGCUGCUCAUUGAGCAUGGAGCCGACAUCCGGGCCCAGGACUCCCUGGGAAACACAGUGUUACACAUCCUCAUCCUCCAGCCCAACAAAACCUUUGCCUGCCAGAUGUACAACCUGCUGCUGUCCUAUGAUGGACAUGGGGACCACCUGCAGCCCCUGGACCUCGUGCCCAAUCAUCAGGGUCUCACCCCCUUCAAGCUGGCUGGAGUGGAGGGUAACACUGUGAUGUUCCAGCACCUGAUGCAGAAGCGGAAGCACAUCCAGUGGUCAUAUGGACCUCUGACCUCCAUUCUCUAUGACCUCACGGAGAUUGACUCCUGGGGAGAGGAGCUGUCCUUCCUAGAGCUUGUGGUCUCCUCGGAUAAACGAGAGGCUCGUCAGAUUCUGGAACAGACCCCAGUGAAGGAGCUGGUGAACUUCAAGUGGAGCAAGUACGGGCGGCCAUACUUCUGCGUCCUGGCUGCCUUGUACCUGCUCUACAUGAUCUGCUUCACCAUGUGCUGCGUCUACCGCCCCCUUAAGUUCUAUGGUGGCAACCGCACUAAUUCUCGAGACAUCACUAUCCUCCAGCAAAAACUACUACAGGAGGCCUACAAGACACGUGAAGAUAUCAUCAGGCUGGUGGGGGAGCUGGUGAGCAUCAUCGGGGCUGUGAUCAUCCUGCUCCUAGAGAUCCCAGACAUCUUCAGGGUUGGUGCAUCUCGAUACUUUGGACAGACGAUUCUUGGGGGGCCAUUCCAUGUCAUCAUCAUCACCUAUGCCGCCCUGGUGCUGGUGACCAUGGUGAUGCGGCUCACCAACACCAAUGGGGAGGUGGUGCCCAUGUCCUUUGCCCUGGUGCUGGGCUGGUGCAGUGUCAUGUAUUUCGCCCGAGGAUUCCAGAUGCUGGGCCCCUUCACCAUCAUGAUCCAGAAGAUGAUUUUUGGAGACCUAAUGCGUUUCUGCUGGCUGAUGGCUGUGGUCAUCUUGGGAUUUGCCUCCGCGUUCUAUAUCAUUUUCCAGACAGAGGACCCAACCAGUCUGGGGGAAUUCUAUGACUACCCCAUGGCACUGUUCAGCACCUUCGAGCUUUUUCUCACCGUUAUUGAUGCACCUGCCAACUACAAUGUGGACUUGCCCUUCAUGUUCAGCAUUGUCAAUUUCGCCUUCGCCAUCAUUGCCACACUGCUCAUGCUCAACCUGUUCAUCGCCAUGAUGGGUGACACCCACUGGAGGGUGGCCCAGGAGAGGGAUGAGCUCUGGAGGGCCCAGGUCGUGGCCACCACAGUGAUGCUGGAGCGAAAGCUGCCUCGCUGCCUGUGGCCUCGCUCCGGGAUCUGCGGGUGCGAGUACGGGAUGGGGGACCGCUGGUUCCUGCGGGUUGAGAACCACAAUGAUCAGAAUCCUCUGCGAGUGCUUCGCUAUGUGGAAGCAUUCAAGAACUCAGACAAGGAGGAUGACCAAGAGCAUCUUUCUGAGAAACAGCCUUCUGGGGCUGAGAAUGAGACUCAAGCCAGAGCCUCCCUGGCCUUCCCAAAUUCCUCCCUAUCCCGGACCACGUCCCAGAGCAGUAGUCACCGAGGCUGGGAGAUCCUUCGUCGAAACACCCUGGGGCACUUGAAUCUUGGACUGAACCUUAGUGAGGAGGACGGAGAGGAGGUCUACCAUUUCUGAUUAGCAUCGCUGUCACUCUUGACCUUACUCCCAGUUGGCCUGGGGGUGGGGACAGAAACAGAGACAUCUGUCUAUGCAAGUGUCUAACUUCUGUGCCUAUUAAUCAUGGGAAGAUGGGACAGGACAAGCCGUAAAGGGCCAUGUCUCACACUUCACAUCACAAUUUCUGGCAAUGGACAACGGUCAUCUAUUGUCUUACAUAUUUUCUGGGUUCUUGGAAGUCCCACAUCUCAGGAAAAAGGAAGUUGGCAACUAAAGACAUGUGGUAGGGAUGCUAGAUUAAUGUCAGGACCAUUUCUCUUCUUCCCCACACAGUCCCUAGAAAGUAGUAAGCUGUGUCCAGGUGUGGCGGGUCAUGCCUGUAAUCCCAGCACUUUCGGAGGCAAAGGCAGGUGGAUCAUGAGGUCAGGAGUUUAAAACAAGCCUGGCCAAGAUAGUGAAACCCUGUCUCUACUAAAAAUACACACACACACAAAAUUUAGCCAGUCCUGGUGGUGGGUGCCUAUAAUCCCAGCUUCUCAAGAGGGUGAGGCAGAGAAUUGCUUGAACCCGAGAGGCAGAUGUUACAGUGAGCCAAGAUUGCCCCACUGCACUACAGUCUGGGAGACAGAGCAAGACUCCAGCUUAAAAAAAAAUUAAAAAGUAAGCUAUGAGGCUUUUCUGGCUCCUCAGGGCUCCAUGUGGGGAGGGCCAGACAUGGCUUAGAGGUUGUGGCCCUUCUUUUUUUUCCUCUCCCGUUGGACUGUCUCCCCACUGAGCACCCAAACAGCAACUACAAUGAGAAAAUGUCCUUAUUCUUGCCUUCUUUAAUUUUUUAUUGAGGCACAUGUCACAUAAAAUUUACUGUGUUACCUGUUUUAGAUGCACAAUUAAGUGGCAUUAAGUACAUUCACAUUGUUGUGUAAUCAUCACACCAUUAUUCAUUUAUGAAACUUUUUCAUCACUCCGAACUGAAACUCUAAGCUCCAUUGAACAGUAACUCUCCAGCUCUCUCCCUGCCCCAGCUCCUGAUAACCAAUAUUCUACUUUCUGUCUACAAAUUUAACUGUUCUAGGUACCUUAUACAAGUGGGAUUCUGCAAUCUUAGUCCACAAUCUGCCAAAUUUUGUUUAUCCAUCUACGAAUGGACAUUUGAGUUUUUUCCACCUUUUGGCUGUUGUGAAUAAUGCUGCUGUGAACCUGAUGUACAGAUAUCUGUUACUUUGGGCAUACACCUAAAAAUGGAAUUGCUAGAUAAUUCUUGUUUAAUUUUAUGAGGAACUGCCCUACUGUUUUUCACAGUAGCUUUUACCAUUUUACAUUCCCUUCUAAUGAGUGUGAAGUGGUUUCACAUGUAGUUUUGAUUUGCCUUUCCCUAACCACUAAUGAUAGAUACUGAACGUGUUUGUAGGUACCUACUUAUUAGACAUUUAUAUAUCUUCUUUGGAGAAAUGUCUCUUUGGUUUAUUUUUCCAUUUUUGACUUAGGUUUUUUUUUGUUGCUGUUGUUGUUGAAUUGCCCUAUCUUUGCUUCUUGAGGCUCAAAGUGUGAAGUGUUUGCAUCUUGCUGUGUUUUUAAGUAUGUACGGCAAAUUAUGCCUAUAUUUGAAUGGCCUAAUCAUUUAUUUUCUAGGACCCUCCUACUCUGUCCCUAGCUAAUCAUCCUUGUGUCUGGGGGCAACAGGCUCCUGCUUGGACCCCUGACAUAGCCAUCCUCCAUUCCCAUCUCCUUCUGCCCCACACUGAGCUGUGAAAGGACCAGCAACAAUAGAGGAAGGGUCAUCCCUCUCCAGGAGGGAAAUUAGGAAUCAGGGGUCCAGGGCACCCAUUAUAGGUGCUCAUGGGUAAUCUCUCUUGUGUCUGCAGCACUGUACUUCUAAUUCUAGCUCCUCUCAUCACCCUCACCAAAAAUCCGUGACAGCUUUUCAGAGGACUGUGGUCUGGGAUAGCAGAGAUAUAAGUGGGAUUUGUGAAACCACAGACCGUUCAUUCAGAUACCACCAGCUCAGGGCUGAGUGCCCAACAGUGACGGAUCACACAAUGUGUUAUACACAUGCUCACACACACUGUGUUAUACACAUGCUCACACACACUGUGUAACACACAUGCUCACACACACUGUGUUAUACAUAUGCUCACACACACUGGGACACACUGGUGGCAGGGUAUGUACAACUGCUCAGUUGCCAUCAUUCUUCUUUAUUAUCUUCAUAGUGGAAGCUCUUUAAAACUCUGCUUCUGUAGUCCUUUGUGUUUGUUUUUGUUUUCUGAGACAGUUUUGCUCUGUUGCCCAUGCCGGAGUACAGUGGUGCGAUCACUGCUCACAGCAGCCUUGAUCUCCUGGACACAAGUAAUCUUUUCCCCUCAGCCUUCUAAGUAGGUGGUACUACAUGUGUGCACCACAACACCCAGCUAAUUUUUGUAUUUUUUUUUAAGAGAUGGGGUUUUGCCACGUUGCCCAUGGCUAGUCUUGAAUUCCUGGUCUCAAGCAAUCCACCUGCCUCAUCCUCCCAAAGUGCUGGGAUUAUAGGCAUGAGCCACUGCACUCAGCCCUAUAAUCCUUUUAAUACUUGCUUAACUUGCCUAUAAACUUACAUGUUUUUUGAUUUGAGCCCUUGGCAUACCCCCAGAUAUUGUCCUUUGUCCUGGUCUGUGCAUCUGGUAUGUAAUUAAAAUUUCUUACCACCUAGGUUUUUCACUAAAAAUAAGAGUUACUAAGAGUUAACAUUAUAAAUUAAUGAAUGUAAUUAAAACUGUUAGGUGCAAACAAUGUGUAUUGAAGAGGUAGGAUGUAGUUUUUUUUUUUUUAACAAAUGUUAAAAUAAGUCAUGAGAGUGUGGCUCUUUUAAAAAAAAAGGUGUUUUUUUCAAGUUAGAAGAUUUUUCUUUUUUUGAGAUGGGGUUUCACCACGUUGGUCAGGCUGGUCUCGAACUCCUGACCUCAAGUGAUCCACCCUCCUCGGCCUCCCAAAGUGUUGGGAUUACAAGCAUGAGCCACAGUGCCCAGCCCUAGUUUAGAAGAUUUUAAGGAUUGUUUCAAGUCAACAGAAAGGACAAAACUGAAGUUUUAAGCAAGCUGUAGAAGGUUUUUGGAAGAUUGAUCUUAUAAAAGGAAUUUUGUGUGUGAUCAAGUGUGGCUAAAAUUUUAAGAGAAUUAUUUAGUUUUUAUAUAAAUUGAGCAUUUAUAUAAACAGCACAUUGAUGAAGGGAUCUGAAUCUGAGCACUUGUGGAGGAUAAUAGGAUUUUCUUGGAAUAUUGAUCUGUUCUUUAACAUGAAUUUAUAAAGUUUAUAAAAGUCUUGUGGAAACCUUACCUUAUAAUCAAACUAAUUAAAAUUUGAUAGAUUUGCUUAUAAGAUUCUAUUAAAAUUAGCUUUAGAAUUAAUAAUACAGUAAUAGAAUAAAUAAAAUUUGGUUUUAUCUUUUAAAUAAGAUUUUUAUAUAAUAUUAAGAGAUGUUUUUUUCAUUUACCCUUUGAAUAAACUGCAAAAACAAAAUAAUAAUAAUAAAGAAAAAAAGAAAGAUUCAGUCGACUUGAUGCUGUCUCUAUUAGGUCCUAUUUUUUAGGAAACUAAGCUCUUCUUUAUCAAGGAGUAAAGAUUUCUGCUUUAAAAAAAUUGGUGAGUUAUGACUUUAGCUAAAUGACUUCCUUUGUAAUAAUCUGUAAUCUCAUUUUGUGAUAUCAAGUGCUUUAAACUUUUAAUGUUUGACAGAUUUUCCAAAAUUAAAUUCUAAAUGCAGUCUUUUAACCUCAAACUGACUUUUAAAGGUCCAAGAGAAACAUAUUUGGCUUAGUUGAUACAUUAAAAUCAUACAGGAAGCAUUGCCAAAUAUAAAAUGGUAUUUAACUUUCUUUGGGAUAUAUUUCUAUAAAUGUGCUAUUGCUAUGUGUUCCAAAAUUGUAUAAUAUUCUUAUAAUUUUAAUAUUUCUUGGUAUAUAUUAACAAUAAUCAUUAUAAUUAUUUUAUAUUAGUGUGUGCCACAGAAAUGAUCAGAUUUCCUUGUCAGUUAUAUCUCUGACCGUGGAUAUCUUUUGUCAUUCACAAUUAUUAUUUUACUUUGUUCCUUAUCAAAAUGUUGUUUAUAAUCAGCUAUAGGACUCUGAUGGUGUAUUAGUCCAUUCCCACACUGCUAGGAAGAGGUAGUUGAGACUUAAUAAUUUAUAAAGAAAAUUUAAUUGACUCACAGUUCUGCAUGACUGGGGAGGCCUCAGGAAACUUAGAAUCAUGGCAGAAUCACCUCUUCACAGGGUAGAAGGAAACAGAAUAAGUGCCAAGUAAAAUGGGUAGCCCCUUACCUAACCAGCUAUUGUCCCUGCUGGAGUACAAUGGGCAACUCACUGAGAGAAGGAGUUCUCAUGAGAACUCACUAUCAUGAUAACAACAUGGGAGGAAUAUGUCCCCAUGAUUUAGUUACCUUUCACUGGGUCCAUCCCACCACAUUGUGGGGACUAUGGGAUUACAACUCAAGAUAAAAUUUGGGUGGGGCCACAAAGCCAAACCGUAUCAGACGGAUACUUUUAAAUGAAGGUUUCUGAUAGCUUUGGAGAUUGUCCCAUUAAAAUAGAGAGAGAGAAAAAAAAAAAAACCUUCAGAGAUCUGAUGUAUUCAUGAGGAUUUUUGACCCAAUAUCAAGUAGAACAAAGGUUAAUUGCAUGAACUGAGCUAAUAGAAGACUAAAAUAAUUUUUUGUGUGACCUUUUUUAUCUGAAACAUUGCUGAUUCUUUUCAGUUUUUGGGUUGUUUACAGCUUUAAAUAAUUGAGUAAAAUACGCUCUUGUGAGCCAAAUUUAAAGCAUAUUUCUUUCUUUCUACCUGAUUUCUCCAAAAUUUGAAAACUAUUUUUCAGUAUUCUUAAUUUAUGACAAUAUCAUUAUUUGUAUGGUUUCAAUAAAAAUCUCCUUUCUUUUGUAACAGGACACAAUUGGAGACUACUAUUUUACUAACGCUUUGACUAGAAUGAAAUAUUUAAAGAGAUAAGCAAACUGUUUUAAGUAAUUGCCAUUGACUUGUAGAGCCAAUAAAAGAUCCUUUAAAAAACUGGCCUUGUCCCUUACCUACACAACUCUUUUACAGGGUUUCCAACCUGUGAUAAGUAAAGAAUGUUAUUUUCUGACAGGCCCAGGAACCCCAAGUUAUCUUGAGACUAAGAAGAGAGGCAUUCACUCAAUUCAUACAGAUAUCUGCAGGUGCAAAUAAAUUGACUAGGCUUGGGGUCUUUAAAAACUCUAAUCUGGCUGGAUACAGUGGCUCACACCUGCAAUCUCAGCCCUUUGGAAGGCCGAGGCAGGUGAUCACCUGAGGACAGGAGUUUGAGACCAGCCUGACCAGCAAGGUGAAACCCCAUCUCUACUAAAAAUACAAAAAUUAGCCAGGCAUAGUGGCAGGCGCCUGUAGUCCCAGCUACUUGGGAGGCUGAGGCAGAAGAAUCGCUUGAACCCAGGUGAUGGAGGUUGCAGUGAGCUGAGAUCAUGCCACUGCGCUCCAGCCUAGGUGACAGAGUGAGACUCCAUCUCAAAAAGAAAAGAAGGCUGGGCGUGGUGGCUCAAGCCUGUAAUCCCAGCACUUUGGGAGGCUGAGGCAGGUGGAUCACGAGGUCAAGAUAUCAAGACCAUCCUGGUCAACAUGGUGAAACCCCGCCUCUACUAAAGAUACAAAAAAUUAGCUGGGCAUGGUGGCGUGUGCCUGUAGUCCCAGCUACUUAGGAGGCUGAGGCAGGAGAAUUGCCUGAACCCAGGAGGUGGAGGUUGU